AAUAACAAGAAAAACUGAUUAAUGUUCCGCCGUGAAUAACUUAAGACUGUGUUUUUUCAAGUUCUCUUUUUGUAAAUCAAUCAGUUUGGUGAGUAUGGAUGACAGAACAGAGUCUACAGACCUACAGAAACAGGGAAAAUUCUCCAACUGGAAGAGAAAAGGCAAACUCUCGGAGCUAGAUCGUUUGAAGAAACGACAGAAAGAGCUGCAGAUUAUGAAGCUAUCGCAAGAAUGGGAUGCUAGAAGACACAAGCGUAAAAUGGAUCGGAUUCAGUGGCUUCAGCAACGAAAGGAUCAGGUUGUUUCUCAAAAUGAGUCCACGGAAACAACCAAAACAACUGACGGGGCUGGUGGUGAAGGCCAGCGCGCCAACCAAAGUGUUCCCAGCAAAGCAAACAAUUCCCCGUUGUCAUCGUAUUCUACGCAAGARAAUUCAUACGACAGAACAAGAGACGAGCUUUCUAAACCUAUUUGUAAUGUAACUAUCAACAAACCCGAAGAAAGCUCAACAAAUAUGUGUAAAGUGUCGAGAGCAAGCUCAGCUGAAAACGAAUCUUCUAUAUGCAGUCCACCAAAUCAAGUAUACAAAUCUGUUGUUGUCAAAACGGAGCGCCUAGAUUCUGAUAGAUUUAGCAAUUCUAAUUAUACAAGCGUGUCUCGACAGUCCAAUUCUAGAAACUCUAGUCAUAUUCCCGCGGAGAAUAGAAAACGACGAAAAAAGGAUAGCCAGGAUAUUCGUAUUCGCACUGUAGAAGAACACCUAGAGCUCCAUCCAACURUUCAUCAUGCAGAAGGGAAGCUUGGAAGCAGUGCGUAUGAGAGUUUGGUGAAUCUAGUCAACUCUCAGCCUCCUGUUGAGGAUAUAUGUAGUCAGCCGUCCUCUGUUAUCGCUCAAGCAAUGAAACAAAGUGGACUUGAUGACGAAGAGGUUCAUGACGAAGACAUGGACGAAGACGAGCCAUCACUGUUAAUGGCGUCAGAACCUGUGCGUUUUGAAGAGGUUUUGCAACGAGGAGGCACAAACAUACAACGACUUCCAACUCGAAAUGUAGAAAUCAUGUCAAGCAAUGGAACAAGUAAACARCAAACCGCAGCAGAUAAGACACACCCAUAUUCCAGACCUCACAGUCGAGACUCACUGGAUGGCCUCAAAACAGUAAGACAAGAUGACCAUGACCCAGCAUAUCCAAAAAUAAAGCAAUGCUAUUCAUUGAUGGGUCAAGAAAGUAAAAAUUCAACUCCCUUACCCUCACCUUCAAGUACGCAUACAGGAAGCCCGGUAGCUACAAUCGCGUGUUCGUCUAGCGAAUGUAAUAAUACAGUAAACAUCGAGGGAAGAAGCCAUCCUGUUGCCCAGACAUCCACAGCAAAUCAGUCGUGCCCACCAUCGGGGUAUCUGGUCCCAGUUUAUAAACCAUCUGCUGAUGAAGUAGUAUACGCCUUUGUUCCUAGCACGGGUGACCGAGUGCACCCAGGGCAUCUGAGAGCUUCUGACAUAAUGAAAACUUCCGCGGAUAAUACCGUAUACACUCCAGUCGAUGAAAGACACCAGGGGCGUUCUGGCUUCUCCACUAUUAGGCCUCCAACAGCUAUUAUUCAUCACGGUCGAGGUAUAAAUUCCCCGCUAGAUCGGGUAGAAUACUCACAUAAGAUGACCGACUCUUACCAGCCUACAAAUGUGACGUGGGUUAAUGCGACCUCAGAACGAGAAAAACGCGAUUACCAACCGAAAGGCGUGCAUACAACUUUUCCGACUAUUCGUGAAGUCCCUGUGGUAAGUUCGACAUCUGGAAAUGCACAUCGUUACGGUUCUUAUCACAAAGCAGAAGUCAUCAUAAAACCGAGGCAAAACCAAGGCCCUGUAGUUACAAUGGCCAACGGUUAUUCACCAACGGCCCAAAAUACACCGCGUGUAGCAGACACUGUAAAUAAUGGACAGGGAUUGAGGUCCAGUCCUCUCACAAAUCCAGAUACCAUAAAUAAUCCAACUGCCGUUUACGUUCGGCCACGUCUCGUUCCUCGGGAAAUUAUCGUACCUUAUCACGCAGGUUCCGGAAAUGUGCCGAUCGUAGAGUAUAUUAAAACGGACGUUAUAUGUGAUAAAGAUCUUUCGAACUGGACAGCUCAGAACGUCGCAGAAUUCAUCUCGGCAACAGACUGUUCCGAAAGCGCCAAGAUAUUCAUUGAACAGGACAUCGAUGGAAAGGCUGUACUCCUUCUAUCUCAAGAUAUCUUCGUCAAUCGCUUGAACUUAAAACUUGGCACAGCUAUAAAACUCUACAAUCACGUGGCGAAUUUACGCUCGGCCCUGUUGAUGUAACCAUAGUUAUAUCUGUUGCUUUGCAAUCAAUACUAAAAUGUGUCAAGUGUAAUAAUGAACAGCCGAUUUGUAACUGACAAAAGCAAAGAAUUUUYAAAGCUGUAGUAGAUGAUAGCAGACGUCGCUGACAUUUUCUCCCUUGCUAUGCAAGGCUUUUUAGAGUAUAUUUUGAGUAAUCGUCAUAAUUCUUUUCGCAUGUCAAAGUUUACGCACAAUUAACUCAAAAUUCGUUAUUUUUGCUAAGAAAUCAAGAUAACAUAUUCAUCAGAUA